GAGAUCUUAUUAUUUGAGAGGACGUUAUAAAAUUGGGGAAGAAGCUCAAUUGGCCGCUUGCGGAUGGCGAUGAAGGGUUUCUUCCAUUUCGUCGUCUUCGUCUCUCCUCAAUCUCUACUCGAGUUAGCCUCUCCUCGAGAUGAUUAAUUGGGUUGUUUUCGGUAGUCUUGUGCUGGAGAAUGAGACUAGCUUGUAAGAUUUGACCUUGUGUCCUCAUCAAUUUCAUUACCGAAACGUUGAUGCCCGCACACAUAAUUGAAUUUUCCCACCAUCGCAAUGUGGAGAAACUGGGGUUUCUCUUCAAAUGCCAUAUCUGGAAGUUCAGGGCCAAAGAAAACCUGCACUAAUCCAACCACAUCUAUUACUGAUUGCUCGGAUGACGAGGUCUCUUCAUGUGCCAGUAGUGAAGAAGGGCUAGAAUGCCCGAUAUGCUGGGAGUCGUUCAAUAUUGUGGAGAAUGUUCCUUAUGUUUUGUGGUGUGGCCAUACCCUGUGCAAGAAUUGUGUCUUGGGGCUUCAAUGGGCUGUAGUGAAAUUCCCAACCGUGCCCAUCCAGCUACCUCUCUUCAUUUCCUGCCCCUGGUGCAAUCUUCUAUCUUUCCGACUGGUUUACAAAGGAAAUCUCAGGUUCCCACGCAAGAACUUCUUCCUGCUCUGGAUGGUGGAGAACAUGAAUAGGGACAGAGUUACAUCUCGUUCGUGUCGCGGGGAUCACCAUCCAGCUUGGCCUUCCAGUAGUGCUACUACUCUACGCUCGGGGGCUACUAAUGGAUACCACCAUCACCAUAGCAGACGGGCUCCCAUUGUGCGUCAAGAGCAGUUCAACCAGAAUCCAAACCAGGAGGACCAAUUUGGUAGCUACUUGAAUGUGGAGAGGAUCAAUGCUUCAUUGAGGAAGUCACUAGCUUUCUUCGUCCACUUGACAGCCAAGCUCCCUUUGGUCAUAAUCUUUCUCCUAAUAGUUCUCUAUGCCAUACCUGCAAGUGCUGUAGUUUUGGUGUUGUACAUACUGAUAACUAUCCUGUUUGCCUUGCCUUCUUUCUUGAUAUUGUACUUUGCCUACCCUAGCUUGGAUUGGCUCAUCAGAGAAAUUAUCACCUGAAGAUAUCCUUUGCAAACGUCCACCUACAUAGCUCACUUCUAUUCUUUAAUGUUUUUAUUGGAUUACCAGAGCUAUUGUUCAGCAGAGAAAUUGUCGCCGAGGUAUUUCUUUCAGCCAAGAAAGCCAUAAACAAGUUGUUGAUUCCACUCCGAAGAGUUUCGGCAUUUUUCAUUGCAGAGUGAUACUGGUUUUGAACCAAGUUCUCAUCCCCUGACGUGCAGCAUGCCUCUGAAGUUGAUUUAUGCAGUUUGAGGUGUGGGAUGUACAUUGUAGAGGAGCUAAUGUCCCGUUAAAAUAACCAAUUUAACCGCAGUGUCUUUUUGUUAGACUUGUUUAUUUUUGUUGAAGUAUCUUGUGUUUGUUUAAGUCAUGAACAAAUCAUAAGCUGUUGUAGUUCUUGUGGUGCUGCUUUAAGUCUGCGUGUCCAACUCAUGGGUUCAAGGCGUUUGCAUUGAGCCCUUUUGCUUUCCUGUGCUUAUAGCAAGUAUUCGUGCUUUUUUUAAGUUGAUGAUA